ACUGAUGAAUGUUAUCCCGACCCGUGUGUAAACAAUGGAACGUGCAUAGACGGAGUAAAUAACUAUACUUGCGCAUGCGCUGCUGGUUUCGAAGGAAGGAAUUGCACCAACAGUAAGUGAUGUUGAUAUACUUUCGGCGUGAAUUUUAAUUGAACUAUUGGUUUUAAUUCAGGUCUGGUGAGAAUACGGUUAAGUUUUUUAAGGUUAAAAGGCGCACAAUAAAAUCAGUCUUUGGCCAAGGUAUAGGAUCUUCCAUCCUUUAAACGGGAUCAUCAUUGAAACGUGAACAAAAAAGGAAGAAACAGUUUAGUUUUGCUGAUGACAGGACCAUGCAAAACGUACCAGUUCCAACACGUGUUUCCUUGAAUUGCAAUGUUUAAAUUUCCUUAACAUAAAGGUUUGUGCGGGAAGUUUUGCAUUGUGGAGUGUUGCAAUUAAUAGGCGUACAAGUUAGUAAAGCUGAUUCAAUGAUCUAAAGUUUUGUUGUGGUGCUUUCUCACCAGAUAUUAAUGAGUGCUAUCCCAGCCCAUGUGAAAACAAUGGAACAUGUAUUGACAGAGUGAACACCUACACUUGCCUUUGCGUUCCUGGCUAUGAAGGAGAGAAUUGCACCCUUAGUAAGUUCUUGCAGAAAUUUAAAGCCAUAAUUUGGAUUGGACAGACGAUGGGAUUGUUUUGAGGGUGAAGUGGUGGACAAUAACAUUUGGCGGUCGUGUAAAAAAGUUGUGUAUUGCCUUCAGUCUGCGUAUCCUUGUUUUUCUUAGACACCGAUGACUGUCGUGGCAAUUCGUGUAAAAACAAUGCAACAUGCAUAGAUGGUGUGAAUAACUAUACUUGCGCAUGCGUGCGUGCCUUUGAAGGAUGGAACUGCGCUAUCAGUAAGUCUUUAUUCAGUGGAAAGAGGUUUUAGAGACAAAAUAUGAAUUGGGACGAUCUUAAGGUGCUGUAAUAGACUUUUAUUUUGAGCAGGUUCAGUGACUGGUUCUCUCAUCCUUCACAUCAUUUCAAAGUCUUAAAUAUUAAAAUCUGUCAAAGAGCAGUCACGCUUUUUCCAUGUAAAAGCUUCAAUUACGAUGUGUAGUAUUUGCACGUUUCGAAAGUGCAAUCAGUGGUGCACAAUUAAUUUCCAUUGGAAAAGAAAUGGUCCUUCUUGGCAGUCCUUGACUCAAUUUCAAUUUUGGAACCAUUUUUAUUAGAAAAUGCGACUUCUUCUUUGGUUUCAACUUUCAAGUAAAGAACAAGCAAAUAAAAGAAACCACGUAUUCCAGAAAUUAUUUGUUCGAAGCUCACUUGCCAAAUUUUUUUUUGUACUAACGUAAUGCAUGUAUCUACUUUCAUUACUGACUAAAAUUGGAAACGAAGCGAAGAAUAGAUCUUCUCAUGUUGGUUCUUUUCAGACACGGAUGAAUGUUAUCCCAACCCGUGUGUAAACAAUGGAACGUGCAUAGACGAAGUAAAUAACUAUACUUGCGCGUGCGCUGUUGGCUUUGAAGGAAGGAAUUGUACUAACAGUAAGUGAUUUUGAUUUAUGGGAAUUUUAAUAACUAUGCUUUUUAAAUCAGGUGAGAAUAUGAAAAUUUGUUUUAAGUUGAAAGGCGCCGAAUAAAAUCAGUAUUUGGUGCAGGUAUAGCUUCUUCCAUCUUUUUAACGGGAUCAUUGUUGAAACGUGAAAAGAAAGAAAAGAAGAUAGAUUUUAGUUUUGCUGAUCAAUACGAUCAAAACUCACUUGGAGCACGCGCUUCCUUGAAGUCUCUCCUCUCGGAUUUAAUUGCAUUGUGGAGUACUGUAUUUCGAAUAAUGGGUGCUCAUGUCAAGGGAUUAAAGAUGAUUCGAUCGUCUAAAGCGUUGCAUUCUUGAUUUCCCACCAGAUACUGAUGACUGUUAUCCCAGCCCAUGUGAAAACAACGGAACAUGUAUUGAUAGAGUGAACAACUACACCUGCGCUUGCGUUCCUGGCUAUGAAGGAAAGAACUGCACCUUCAGUAAGUUCUUGAAUAUAUAG